AACAGUCGUUGAUAUCGCGUAGAACAGGUUUUAUAAUGAGUACUAGAUUACUAGAGCAGGCCCAGUUCCAUGGGGCUAAGAGACUGGUUUAUCCAAGGCAUAGAAAGUUCUGGAUCUUCACCCACAUUCUCAUAUUCUGCUGCUCUACGGGUGUAGUGUGGGAGACCGUCACCCGGUACCUCAGCAACCCUACCUACAUGGUGCAAAUGACGGCAGUCAAGACCUGGGUGACAUUCCCCACGGUCGUUGUUUGCCCUGAAAUUAAUGUUCCCCAGGAGAAAAUUCUGCAAUUUCUUGGUAGAAUAAAAUAUCCUCCAGGAGUAGACGCCACUUACGUUGAAAGCAUCAUAUGGCAGCUCGGAGCCUUCUACUCUCGGGAUGUCACCUUCGAGACUGCAGACUUGGAGAGCAUCCAGCGGAUAUUGGAGUUUAAUGAUAUGGAUGUAGAAACCGCUGGGGCCAUGCUGACCUCGACGUGCGAGGAGAUUCUCAUUAAAUGUAAGUGGCGCGGGAAAAAUAUAACCUGUUCAUCAUUAUUUCGUAUGGAGAUGACGAGUUAUGGUUUUUGCUGCGUGUUUAAUGGAAGAUCUUUAAAGAGAGAAAUGAAAAAUCCUGGUUACAAUAAAAAGCAAGCGGUUCAGAAACUGCACGUGAGCCAAGUGGGACCCAAUAGAGGAUUGAUUGUGGCCAUUUCACAAAACGACACGCGCCCUCCCAUAAAUACUGAUCUCUAUUACAAGUGGAUAAGUCUGAAGAACAACGGCUUUUACUACGUGGAGAUGCUAUCCAACGGUACCCCCGUCCCGAUCGCUAGCGAGAUCUGGGCGGGGUUCUCCACCAAGGGCAUCCAUAUCGCUGAUGAAGUGAGAUAUCUCAGCCGCGACCUGCGCCGCUGUCGGAUGACUGAUGAGCCUUUGAAGUACUUCCCUGAAUAUCAUAGGACCUAUUGUCUAAUGGAAUGCGAAAUGGCACGCAUUAUGGAGCGCUGCAACUGCACUCAGCUGCAGCAUCCCGUGUUACCAGGAGUGAGGCAGUGCGGUGCGAGAGACAUACAGUGUGUCAGAUCGUCUGUUGUGCCUUUCGGUGCGGGCGUAUGCAACUGCCCCAUGACUUGUGACCGGGAUAUACAAAUAAGCAUGCCAUCCUCAUUUCGUAUUUAUCCGAAUUUACCAACCAUUGAUUCCUUUUAUGAAGGCUUGGAUUUGACGAGAAUAAGCAUUGUCCGAGUGUACCUGCAGAACGUUAACAAGAUGAUAUUCUCUCGGCGGUCUUAUUUCACGCAUUUCAACUUAUUUGCACAACUAGGCGGAGUAUUCAACAUGUUCUUUGGCUGCAGUAUAUUGACGAUAUUGGAGAUUCUAAUACUUCUUUGGCGUGCUGCAGACUCGGCGCUGGGAAACUAAGAUUUACAACAGAUUGAGAGCUUAGAGAUAACGCUGGCGUUAGUAAUACAUAAUAAACUAUUA